CAGUCGUGGCAGUUUACAAAAGCUUGGCAACAACUCUCUAGGAAUUUUCAUUUCUAGCAAAUUUGGGAUAAUUUGGAAUUGAUUUUGGGGGCGGGUGUUGGGUAUAUAUCCUAGGGCAAGCAUGAACAGAACAGAGCAGGGUGAGGAAAAAGAGGGAGUAAAAUGGCCCCCGAGGGAUUGAAGAAGGUGGGAUGCUGCAAAAAGGCCUUUCUCACCUUUUUGGCGGGCAAAGGAGAUUAUGUAAAGGGCGUGGUGGGGCUGGCCAAAGGCCUCCGACGGGUCAAGAGCGCCUACCCCCUCGUGGUCGCCAUGCUUCCUGAUGUUCCACAAGAACACAGGGACAUUUUGAUCGCACAGGGUUGCAUAUGUCGCGAGAUCGAACCCAUCUACCCACCGGAAAAUCAAGUGCAGUUCGCCAUGGCUUACUAUGUCAUCAAUUACUCCAAGCUCCGCAUUUGGGAGUUUGAAGAGUACAGCAAAAUGAUGUACCUGGACGCAGACAUUCAGGUGUACGAGAAUAUUGACAACCUGAUGGACAUGGCAGACGGUUACUUUUACGCCGUGAUGGACUGCUUCUGCGAGAAGACAUGGUCCCAUACGCCUCAACACAAGAUUGGCUACUGUCAGCAGUGCCCGGAAAAGGUACAAUGGCCGCAUACCCAGCUGGGCCCUGCUCCUAACCUCUACUUCAACGCUGGAAUGUUCGUGUUCGAACCCAGUAAGCUCAUCUUCGAAUCCCUCAUUCACACGCUCCAGAACACUCCUCCUACGCCUUUUGCAGAGCAGGAUUUCCUCAACAUGUUCUUCCAGAAAAUAUAUAAGCCCAUCCCGCUCAAUUACAACCUCGUCCUGGCUAUGCUCUGGCGCCAUCCCGAAAAUGUACAGCUUGAAAAUGUUAAAGUCGUCCAUUACUGCGCAGACGGAUCUAAGCCAUGGAGGUAUACAGGGAAGGAGGCGAACAUGCAGAGGGAAGAUAUAAAAAUAUUGGUUCAGAAAUGGUGGGAAAUUUACAACGAUGAAUCUCUGGACUUCAGUCAUUGCAAGGAAGAGCAGGAAGAAGAGAGAAUUAUAUCGAAUUCCUUGAUGCCUCAAAUUCCGUCUGCCACUUCUUUCAUUCCUGCUCCUUCUGCUGCUUAAGACUACCUUUAUUAUUAAUUUAGUUAUUCGACUAUAUGUGCAACUUCAAAUUUUGUAUUAGAAAGUAAAUUUAAUUAUUAAAAAAAAAAAUCUAUACUAUAAGCUAUACUAGUCUUAUAGCAUAUAAUUUCUUUCA